GCGCACACCGGCCGGCGGGGCUGACGCGGGGCGGGCCGGCUGAGGCGGCCGAGGCGGCCGAGGAGCCCGGGAGCCCGAGGAGGCUGCGGAGCCCGCGGGGCGGCCGGGCGGAGGCGGCCGAGCGCGGGGCGGCCGGGCCCGCGGACCUGUGGGCGCGCGCGGUCCCACCCGGCCCGGCCCCGACCCCCGUGGCGGCGCGGGCCGAGGAGCGCGGCCGGGAGGAUGUCGGCGGGCGGCCGCGACGAGGAGCGGCGGAAGCUGGCCGACAUCAUCCACCACUGGAACGCCAACCGGCUGGACCUGUUCGAGAUCAGCCAGCCCACCGAGGAUUUGGAGUUUCAUGGCGUAAUGAGAUUUUAUUUUCAAGAUAAAGCUGCUGGAAACUUUGCAACAAAAUGCAUUCGGGUCUCUAGUACGGCCACCACGCAAGACGUGAUCGAGACGCUGGCAGAGAAAUUCCGCCCUGACAUGCGGAUGCUGUCGUCCCCCAAGUACUCCCUCUACGAAGUUCACGUCAGCGGAGAAGAAAGAAGAUUGGAUGUAGAUGAGAAACCCCUUGUUGUGCAGUUGAAUUGGAAUAAAGACGAUCGAGAGGGCAGGUUCGUUCUUAAGAAUGAGAACGAUGCCCUUCCUCCUAAGAAGGCUCAAAGCAAUGGACCUGAAAAGCAGGAGAAAGAAGGUGUUAUCCAGAACUUCAAGAGAACUCUCUCCAAGAAAGAGAAGAAGGAGAAAAAGAAGAGAGAGAAAGAGGCAGUGAGGCAGGCAUCUGAGAAAGAUGAUCGGCCUUUCCAAGGGGAUGACCUCGAGAAUUCCCGACUGGCCGCCGAGGUUUACAAAGACAUGCCCGAGACCAGCUUCACUCGCACGAUCUCCAACCCCGAGGUGGUCAUGAAGCGCCGGCGGCAGCAGAAGCUGGAGAGGCGGAUGCAGGAGUUUCGGAGCUCGGACGGGCGGCCGGACUCAGGUGGAACACUGAGAAUUUAUGCAGAUAGCUUAAAACCGAACAUUCCCUACAAGACAAUCCUGCUGUCCACCACGGAUCCUGCUGACUUUGCUGUGGCCGAGGCUCUAGAGAAAUACGGUCUGGAGAGGGAGAACCCUAAAGAUUACUGCAUCGCCCGCGUUAUGCUGCCUCCUGGAGCCCAGCAUUCGGAUGAAAACGGUGCUAAAGAAACGAUCCUCGAUGAUGACGAGUGUCCUUUACAGAUCUUCAGGGAGUGGCCAACUGACCGAGGGGUUUUAGUCUUUCAGUUGAAGAGGAGGCCGCCAGACUACGUCCCGAAGAAAACGAAGAAACAUGUCGACGGGAAGCUGGUGAAAGGGAAAGAGAGAGCCGAGGGUUCCGGCUACGGCUCAGCACUUCCGCCUGAGAAGUUGCCCUACCUGGUGGAGCUCAGCCCAGUCCCAGGGAGAAGGAGUCACUUUGCCUACUACAGCUAUCACACUUACGAAGAUGGUUCUGACUCCAGGGACAAGCCCAAGCUUUACCGCCUUCAGUUGAGCGUUACUGAGGUCGGGACAGAGAAGUUCGAGGAGAACUCCAUCCAGCUGUUUGGAUCAGGAAUUCAGCCCCAUCACUGUGACCUCACAAACAUGGAUGGAGUUGUCACCGUGACUCCGAGAAGCAUGGACGCCGAGACGUACGUGGAAGGACAGCGCAUCUCCGAGACAACCAUGCUGCAGAGUGGGAUGAAAGUGCAGUUUGGGGCGUCACACGUGUUCAAGUUUGUGGACCCCAGCCAGGACCACGCAGUGGCCAAGAGACCCGUGGAUGGAGGCCUGACGGCCAAGGGCCCCAGACAGAAGCCUGGAAUUGUUCAGGAGACAACUUUCGAUUUGGGGGGAGAUGUUCACAGCGGGGCAGCGCUGCCAGCGAGCAAGAGCGCCACCAGGCUGGACAGCGACAGGGCACUGCCUGCCCCCAGCACGGCCGAGCGCGGGACAGUGAAGCCGAUGCUGAGACUGGAGCAGCAGGACUACCGCCGGCAAGAAAACAGAACUCAGGAUGCUCUUGGGCCUGAACUCAUACUGCCUGCAAGCAUUGAAUUCAGGGAAAGUUCUGAAGAUUCAUUUUUAUCUGCCAUUAUAAAUUAUACUAAUAGCUCUACAGUCCAUUUUAAGUUGUCACCUACAUAUGUAUUAUAUAUGGCAUGUCGGUAUGUAUUGUCGAGCCAGUACAGACCCGAUGUCAGUCCUACAGAGCGUACUCACAAAGUGAUUGCCAUAGUCAACAAGAUGGUGAGCAUGAUGGAGGGGGUGAUUCAGGAAGUAGACCAGGUUGAUCAGAAACAGAAGAAUAUCGCAGGGGCACUUGCUUUCUGGAUGGCCAAUGCAUCUGAGCUUCUCAACUUCAUUAAGCAGGACCGAGAUCUUAGUCGAAUCACAUUGGACGCCCAAGAUGUUUUAGCACACUUGGUUCAAAUGGCGUUUAAAUAUCUGGUUCAUUGUCUUCAGUCAGAACUGAAUAACUACAUGCCGGCUUUUCUGGAUGACCCUGAAGAGAACAGUCUACAAAGACCAAAAAUAGAUGACGUCUUGCACACGCUCACGGGAGCGAUGGCGCUGCUGAGGCGCUGCAGGGUCAAUGCUGCUCUGACCAUCCAGCUUUUCUCUCAGCUCUUCCACUUCAUCAACAUGUGGCUCUUCAACAGAUUGGUGACCGACCCCGAGUCGGGACUGUGCUCUCACUAUUGGGGGGCAAUCAUCCGCCAGCAGCUGGGGCACGUGGAAGCCUGGGCAGAGAAGCAGGGAUUAGAGCUGGCGGCCGACUGUCACCUGAGCCGGAUAGUGCAGGCGACCACUUUGCUCACCAUGGAUAAAUACGCUCCUGAGGACACCCCAAAUAUCAACAGCACCUGCUUUAAGUUAAAUUCACUGCAGCUGCAGGCCUUGCUACAGAAUUACCACUGUGCGCCCGAUGAGCCCUUUAUCCCCACGGACCUGAUAGAGAAUGUCGUGGCCGUGGCCGAAAACACGGCCGACGAGCUGGCACGCAGUGAUGGGCGGGAGGUGCAGCUGGAAGAGGACCCUGAUCUGCAGCUGCCUUUUCUUUUGCCGGAAGACGGCUAUUCUUGUGACGUCGUCAGGAACGUUCCAAACGGUUUACAAGAAUUUCUGGACCCUCUGUGCCAGAGAGGGUUUUGCAGGUUAAUUCCUCAUGCACGUUCACCAGGUACUUGGACGAUAUAUUUUGAAGGUGCAGAUUAUGAGAGCCAUCUUCUGCGUGAGAACACAGAGCUGGCUCAGCCUCUGCGGAAAGAACCUGAAAUAAUCACUGUGACUCUCAAAAAGCAAAACGGAAUGGGCCUCAGCAUUGUCGCGGCAAAGGGUGCUGGUCAAGAUAAACUUGGAAUCUAUGUCAAGUCUGUCGUAAAAGGAGGUGCUGCAGAUGUGGAUGGGCGCCUGGCCGCAGGUGACCAGCUCCUCAGUGUGGAUGGACGAAGUCUGGUAGGACUCUCUCAAGAAAGGGCAGCAGAACUCAUGACAAGGACUAGUUCCGUGGUGACACUGGAAGUAGCCAAGCAAGGAGCGAUCUACCACGGCCUGGCCACCCUGCUCAAUCAGCCGUCCCCGAUGAUGCAGAGAGUUUCAGACCGUCGUGGCUCAGGUAAACCCCGACCAAAGAGCGAAGGUUUCGAGCUCUAUAACAAUUCAGCUCAAAACGGGUCACCCGAGAGCCCUCAGCUGCCUUGGGCAGAAUACAGCGAACCGAAGAAGCUCCCUGGCGAUGACAGGCUGAUGAAGAACCGGGCUGACCACCGCUCCAGCCCCAACGUGGCAAAUCAGCCCCCCAGUCCCGGAGGGAAAAGCGCGUACGCCCCUGGAGCAGCCGCUAAGAUCACGUCCGUCUCCACCGGAAACCUCUGCACUGAGGAGCAGACCCCUCCACCUCGACCUGAGGCCUACCCCAUCCCCACCCAGACGUACACCAGGGAGUACUUCACCUUCCCGGCCUCCAGGUCCCAGGACCGCGUGGCUCCCGCUCAGAACCAGUGGCCCAAUUACGAGGAGAAGCCGCACGUGCACACAGAUGGUCAUCAGUCCGGCCCCGCGAUGCAGCGCGUCACCCGCUCCCAGGAGGAACUUCGGGAGGAUAAAGCUUACCAACUCGAGCGGCAUCGGCUGGAGGCGGUGCUGGACCGCAAGUCCGACAGUGACGUGUGGAUCCAGCCGAGCUCCUCGGUGGGCUCCAGCACGUCCAGCCAGGAGCACCUGGACCCCUGCUCUAAGUCGGGCACCCCCGCCUCCACGCUGACCAAGAGCGGCCCCGGGCGCUGGAAGACGCCAGCCUCCGCGCAGCCCCUGCCGGCGGCCCCCCCGCCCGCGCAGACAGACCUGCCCCCGCCACCCCCGCCGCCCCCCGCGCACUACGCCGCCGCCGGAGACCUCGACGGGAUCCCCGUGGACCUGCCCCUCCCGCCCCCGCCCAGCGGCCAGGCGGCGGCGGCGGAGCGGAGAAAACGGGAGGAGCAGCAGCGCUGGUACGAGAAGGAGAAGGCCCGCCUGGAGGAGGAGCGGGACAGGAAGCGCCGGGAGCAGGAGCGGAAGCUGGGCCAGAUGCGCUCCCAGGCCCUGAACCCGGCCGCGUUCUCCCCAGUGACCGUCGCGCACGCGAAGCCGGAGAAACCUUCCACGCUGCAGAGGCCCCAGGACACGGUCAUCCGGGAGCUGCAGCCCCAGCAGCAGCCCCGCACCAUUGAGCGCCGAGACUUGCAGUACAUCACGGUCAGCAAAGAGGAGCUGUCCUCGGGGGACAGCCUGUCCCCAGACCCCUGGAAGCGGGAUGCCAGGGAGAAGCUGGAGAAGCAGCAGCAAAUGCACAUCGUGGACAUGCUGAGCAGGGAGAUCCGGGAGCUCCAGAGCAAGCCCGAGCGCAGCGCCGAGGACAGCGACCGCCUGCGCAAGCUCAUGCUGGAGUGGCAGUUCCAGAAGAGACUGCAGGAGUCCAAGCAGAAGGACGAGGACGACGAGGAGGAGGAGGACGACGACGUGGACACCAUGCUGAUCACGCAGCGCCUCGAGGCUGAGCGGAGAGCAAGGCAGACUGGUCUGCCAGCAAUCUCUGUUCUAGAUUUGUUACAGGACGAAGAGCGGCGGCGGCAGCGGCAGCUGGACGACAUGCGCAGGCGGGAAGCGGAGGACCGCGCCAGGCAGGAGGAGGAGAGGACGAAGCGAGACGCCGAAGACAAGAGGCGACAGGAAGAAGGUUAUUACAGCCGCCUGGAAGCUGAGAGGCGCAGACAGCACGCGGAGGCCGAGCGCAGGCUGCUGGAGCCGGAGGAGCCGGGCCUGGGCAGACCGCCGCUGCCGCGGGGCUACGAGCUCCCGGCCCCGUCCUCCCCGGCGGCUGCUCCUCCUCCCCCACCUCAGCGGACCGCCUCCUCCCUGCAGGCCCCGGCCCUGUCCCCAGACUCCCUGUACACCGCCAGGCUCGUUGCGUACCACGAGGAGGAGGAGGAGGAGGACUGCGGUCUGGCAGGUCAGGACAAGCUCUCCCACACCGGCAGGUCCCGGGGCCGCCUUCCUCCCGCCGCCCCUGCGCCACGGCCACCCCCCCGCCGGCCGCGCCCGGCCUCCGACGGCCUCUUUCUCUCCGGCUCCCUGCAGCCCCCCUCGGCCGCUGCCCACGGUGCUGCUCCCGGAGCAGGCCGGCCCCCUCCUCCCCCUCCAAAGCCACCGGGCUCCCACCACCCCCGCCACUCGAAAGGACCAAACUCUUCCGUGGGAUCUUCCGGGGCAGCGAUCGGUGCCCGUGACGGCUCCCGGGACCCGAGAGAGAAGCUGGCGAAAAGCCAUGAUGCAGAUUUACCUGGAAAUUCCGGAGCCCCUGAGAACUUGACAUUCAAAGAGCGCCAGCGGCUGUUCUCACAAGGUCAAGAUGUGUCCAAUAAAGUGAAAGCCUCUCGUAAAUUAACAGAACUGGAAAACGAACUGAACACAAAGUGAGACCAGGAAAUGGCACCCGUGCUCAGCCCAGCGUCCUCCCGGUGCGGCUUUGGAGGAUGGUCGGGGGAGAGAAGGAGGCGGCGGCAUUUCCGAGUCACAGAAGGGCUGUUUGGAAGAUGGGUGGGAUUUAGAGGGGGUCCCAGUCCAAGGAGCCCUUUUGUUUUACCAGGAGAUUAUCAUUUAUACGAUGUAAACACUGUCUAAUUUCUUAAUUAUCUGACUCACCCGAAGAUACGUCUUUUGUUGCUUUUUCUAGAGUCCAAGCUGGAAAGGGGGAGCGUGCAGCGCAGGCGAGGGCAGUGGGGUGUCUCCCCCGCUGUCCCCAGGGGGUGCCGAGAGGCCACGUCCGUCCCGUGUCACAGACUGGACUGUAGGGAUGGGACGGGGAGUAGCCUGAACCCCCAGACCUUGUUUGCACUAUUCCGUAGUAACCGCAGAUGUCCCAGAGGAGGGUGGGCACGGAGGACACGCCCGGCGCGUUGAGUCCAGAGCUCUCGUGGGCCGGGCUCGCUAGUCUUGUCCUGUGCAGUCAGGAUGCGGCUCGGACCCACACCUCCUGGGAGGGAGGUGAUGCCCAUCGGAGACCCUGCCCCUCUCCUUCCAUACGGGGACAGCCCUCCCAGUACAUUCUAAAUAGUUGAUUUUAAAAAAUUCUCCAAGAAGAAAAUUUUGAGGAUUUAAGCUUAGGAUAUUUUAUUUUUAUAAACGUCAGAUUAUUGUUAGGCUAAUAAAUCAUUGGUGAUUUUGAAGAUGGCAAUGACGUUAGGAAGUUAAUAUUUCAAAUAUUCAGGGGAAUCUGUAAAAGAGCAUCUGUUUAGCUGGGCAGUGUCGAUGUGGGUAGAAACACAGAUAUUGGAGAGGGAUGGGGGGGGGGGGGGCAGGGGUCAGUAGUGACCUUUGAGCACAACUAUUGCUCAGAAAUUUUAAAUGCAGAGAAGAAAGAGUGACAUCCAUGUCCUGUCUGGGAAAGAAGGGCCAAUGACAUGGCAUCUACGAUUUAAAUACUGUAAGAGUGACUUGUGAGGCAGUUGAAAGUAUUUUUUUUUUUCACAUCUGAUAGUUAACUGAACUUUCAUUUGAUGAGUUACUGUGACCAGUGUCCUUUCUUUAGCUGUGAACAUGUGGCCGAUACAGACACGGAUCUCACUCUGGUUUCUACUGUGUGAUGUGAAAAUGGUAAAUUACGUGGGGAUUAUGGGCGAAGCUUCUAUUUGACAAGGCCCUGCUGUGGGAUCCCGAGGAUUUUUCUGCACCAGAUUGUUCUUACAAAAUGCGUAUGUUAGAAAAACGUGCACACUUUCAAACAGAAGAGGGAGGAGAGCCUUUUUAGCCUUAGAAAUCACUUUAAUAGGCGCUGUAUGAUAAAUCAUUGAAACGCGAGUGUAAAUAUUUUUCACGUCUAUCAGGGUUCUUACCUGGAAGUGUGCUGUCACCGCUGCCCUCGUUUAAGAGAGUAACCUGGUCUACGUGUUUAUGAAGGAUGCGCUUGCUUUAGAGCUCUAGGAGAAGCGGGCCCCUCCCGGAGAGCUCGACAACACUGGCCGCCUCACGGGGACAAAAUCCACACUUGCUGUCAUGAAGCAGACGCAGAGGAGUCACUGUUCCGUUAAUCUGUAGAAAGAAACAAACACGCCUAAGUACACGCACGUACAUGUAAAUACUUACAUGCAGGGGCGUGUGUGUGUGUGUGCGCGCGUAUGUGUGUGUGUGUGGUUGUAAACCUGGAAACGGGUGGGUUUGGCCGCCCGUGGGUGACGAGGUCAUGACUGUGCGUCACUGUGGAAAACACCAGAACUGCUGUACUUCCCAUUUCUACUGUAGCUCAUUUGCAAUCUAUUUUUAAUAAACUUUGUAUGUAUUUGAGCGGA